UGUAGUAGUGGUGAGGCAGGUCAGCGCCCGCCAUUUUAGGAGCAGAGAGGCAGCAUCUUCUGAACGGCAGCAUCAGAGACAGCAAUGGCAGAAGCUGUGGAGGUGAUGCUGCGGCGCUUGAGGGAAGCAGCGGACACCAGGGGCAGCGACUGGCUGGAGGAGCAGGUGACUGCAUUGCUAAGGGGGGCGGAGGUGGGUACGUCUGGCCCUACUCCAGCAGCUACACGGUCGCGGCGGGCACGGCCGCCGGCGCGCCUGAGCCCUGAUUUACCCCCCCGGGUCCGGCGCCGUGUCAGGAGCCCCACAAGGGACCCUCCACGCCGGGAGCAUUCUAAGGCUACUGCGGCCUCCCGGCGUGGGAGGAAUCCAUAUGUCCGGCGGGACCCUCCAGAGGCUGUGGGGCCUCCCCCUCAGCCCACCACGUCAGCUACAAGGGAGUCAGGACCUGGUUCUGCAGGAUCCCCUCCUGUCCCCAGGAGUGGGAGGCCUGCUCAGCGUGGGAGAGGUAGUGGCAGCAGAGGCAGCAGCGGGGCUGCGCGGUCGGCCAGGGCGGCCCGGCGCAGGCUCUUACAGGAUGAGCCCCUUUCAGUGGCACACGAGGCUACGCCUGUAGGUGCCAGGGACGGGCGCAGGCCUCGCCAUGAUGCGCUUCUUUCAGAGGAGGAGGACGAGGCUGUUCUGGACGGCUCCCCGCCCCAGAGCAGGCCUCUUGGGCAUGAAGACAGGCGCGCAGAUGCUUAUAUGGAGGACAGGGAGUUGCGCAGGCCAUUUCCUGAGGGCGGACAGUUUGCUACUGGUCCUGACACCGUUGAAGACAGAGGGCGUCCCAGAGCCAUUCCUAACGCACCCAGCAGUGAUCCGGCUGGGGUGCUGCCGGCGAACAGCGCAAGUACCCACCAGAGGAACGUCGCGGAUCCAGGAGUCGUACGUCAGGAAUCAGGACCUGCGGCUGCCGGGUUCACAGCACCCGGGCAGCUAGUGGGAGCGGUUUCGCCAGCUGGCCCCGGAGGCGAGUCAGGUCGGAUUGGUGUGUCCAGAGUCGUUGUGGGAGAUCCUGGAGGUGGUGCCCCGUUAUUAGUUUGGAUCCUGGGCCAUUCGUUCGUGUUCUGGGGGGCAUUACGAGCGGAUGUUCGGCAGAAUGGGCGGCAGCUGGGGUUUGAUCGGGGGACAGCCAUAGUAAGAUGGAUCGGACGCAGAGGUAUGGCGUGGGGUAGUGUUUUGCAGGAGGUUCAUCGGCAAGCCAGGUUAGAUAGAGUCCCGGAUAUCUUGGUGUUGCAUGUUGGGGGAAAUGACCUAGGGGUCCGACCUUGCAGAGAGUUGAUCAGGGAUAUUCGUUUUGAUUUUUUGCGUUUGUGGUCCCUCUUCCCGUCAGUUGUCACUGUGUGGUCGGACAUUGUCCCCAGGAAGGUCUGGAGGGAGGCGAGAUCGGUUGAAAGGCUGAAUAAGGCUAGGAUUAAGCUGAACAGGGUGAUUGGGCGGUUCUGUGCCAAACAUGGGGCGGUGGUGGUGAGGCACCCCGAGUUGGAAGCAGGAACAGGAGGUUUUUGGAGACAGGAUGGAGUCCACCUCAAUGCGGUGGGCAUUGAUUUGUGGUCACUGGACUUACAGGGAGGUAUCGAAACAGCCAUCCGGGUGUGGCGGAACGCGCGAGCUUAAGGGCUGUCAAGCUGCGCGUUGUUGGCGGGGGGAGGUCAUAGAAGCUGGGGCUACUGGAUGGUAACGGUGAAUGAGAGGGCCUCAAUGGUGGGGCUGGACUCUCAGAGUUGGGGCACCUGGUUGGCUUGGUAUGGCGUCCGUCAGUUGGUGUCCCCGAGCUUGUGGUACGCGGCUGGGGGCAAGAUGGAAUUGCCGUGGUGGUUUGUGGUCGUUUAAGGUGCAGUUAGGCGGCUUCUAGGACCUCCCUCGUCAGUUAGACAUGUAUAUAUUUAUAUAUAUAUGUCAUUGUUAUAUCAAGUGUUAUGUUUAUUCAUGUUAUUUAUAUUAUUUAAUAAAAGACGGCUGCUGUGGCCGAUUUAAUCCAAGCAGUGGCUGUGUGUGGUUAUUGGGAGAGGAAAAGGGGAAGGUUAGUUAGCUAAAUGAUGGGGUAGUGGACCCGAGCGUAGCCAAUAACCCUACUCAAGUGAGGCCGGACGAAGCGGCACGCU